CUGCGAGACCCAAAGUAAGUGUUUUUUUUUUCAGUUUUGUUUUCUUUCACUUUCGAAAACCUUAUUCAAUCAAAACAAUUUUCAGAUAUUUGAAAUUGAAAUGUCGGAGGAAAUUCAGCUUAAAGUGCCGAAACUUGAAGAAAUUAUUGAAGUGAAGGAGAAACCGAAGAAAAUCAUGUUUAUGAUUAAAGAUGGUGUGAAAAUUCAAGUGAAACCAAAAUCCGAACAACAAUCACAACAACUUCCAAAACCAAAACCAUUGUUCAAUCUUCAAGCAUCUCCAUCAACAUCAGCAAGUGUGAAUAUCACAAAUGCGAAGCCAAUUGAUCUCACAGCAAUAUUGGCGAGAAAUAAAGUGAUACCAACACCGAAGCUUGGCAAAUUCUCAUUUUCAUUUACCAGCAAACCGAAACCUGCAGCUACUCCAGAACCAGAAGAAAAACCAAAAAGGGCAUUGAAAAGACCAGCAAGAUAUAUGGAAGAAGGAGAAGUCGAUGAAAAACAAUUGAAUUUAGCUGAAGAAAUGUUGAAAAUUGUGCCAAGUUCUUCUACUUCAAGUUCAACAAAAAGUCCAACUGAAUCAUCAGAAAAAUGCGGAUGUUCACAAGCGAUACCAGAAGUUGUAAAGUAUGUUAUUCUCUAUACUCUAUAGAAAACCUAACAUAACUUGUAAUUUUCAGCCAAAUCCGUCGAAUUUCAUCUCGUCUUGAUGUUCUUACUCGAAUCAUGCAAUCCGCAAUCAAUGCGCCACAUCGAGAAGCUGAAUUGAAAGCUGAAAAUACUCGUCUGAAAUUGUUAUUGGCUGCAAAAACGGGAAAAUUAUGA